ACUAAUCUGUUGUUUGAUUGGUGCCUGACGGACACUUCGUUGUGUAUCUUCCGUGCGCACGUUGCAGCCUCAAUAGGUGUUGUUAUCCUUUUAUUUGAAGCAUGGCAGAAGCCGGUGAUGGCAACCUGGCGCUGGUGAAACACGUUGUUCUGGUGCUGUCAGGAAAGGGGGGAGUGGGAAAGAGCACCAUCACCACAGAAUUGGCUCUGGCUUUCAAACAUGCUGGGAAGAAGGUUGGCAUCCUGGAUGUCGACCUCUGUGGUCCCAGCAUCCCUCGGAUGCUGUGUGUGGGCCGACCUGACGUCCAUCAGUGUGACUCGGGGUGGGUUCCUGUCUACACUGAUGCACAGAAGAGCCUGGCUCUGAUGUCUAUUGGUUUUCUAAUGGAAGAUCCAGAUGAGGCAGUCAUAUGGAGAGGACCAAAAAAAACAGCAAUGAUUGCCCAGCUUGUGUCAGAUGUCGCAUGGGGGGAGCUGGAUGUCUUGCUGGUGGACACCCCGCCAGGGACAUCUGAUGAGCAUUUGGCUGUCCUGGAAAACCUCAGAAAACACAGAGUAGAUGGAGCUGUUUUGGUAACCACACCUCAGGCGGUGUCAACAGGGGAUGUGAGAAGAGAGAUCACCUUUUGCAAGAAGACAGGUGUUCGGAUCCUGGGCAUUGUAGAAAACAUGAGUGGCUUCGUUUGUCCACAUUGCACUGAAUGCACAAACAUAUUUUCCAAAGGUGGUGGUGAAGAGUUGGCCAAACUGACUGGAUCAGUGUUUCUAGGUUCUGUGCCCUUGGAUCCUCUUCUCAGCGCCAGCGUGGAAGAAGGCAGAGACUUUGCAGAGUCAUUUCCUAACAGUGCCACAUUCAGUUCCAUCAGCAGUAUUUCUCAAGUUCUGCUCAAAAGCCUUGAAAAUGACUGACAUAAUUUAGUUUUUGUACACAUUAGAACAGAGAAUGGGGUUUACAUGACUAAACAUAAAUCCUGUUUCAUCUCUGA